ACGUAUAAUUUUCAAAGUUCAAGUUUAAGUUGAGAAUGAAUUGUAAAUUUUAUAAAAAUAAAUAAUUUAGAUGAUAAAAGUAAAAAUGAGUAAAAUUUGUUUUUACGGCGUAAAUGUCAAUCAAAAACGAUCUUAAAAUGUAAAUUUCUGAGCGUGUCAAAAAUGAUUACAUUUAGAAAGCAUCCGCAUGAUCGAUCAGGGUUAAGAAAUUUCUCGAGCAAUUUGUAACCUUUGACCUUAAAAUAGGAAAGGGUUUAAAAACGGUGGAUUUAAUCCAUAAUUUAAAUCGAUUCAAUCUGGUCCUUUAAUCUGAAAAGUGUACGGAGAACUCUCGGGUUCUGUUUUCAACUUUUCAACGAAUCCAACGAAUACGACAAGUUUAUAAUCGGGAUUUUUGAAAAGAAAAAAAAUAGGGAUGAAAAAUUGUAAUUCAAUGGUUUACUGGGGGGUUUACAGUCGUAAUUUGUGCGAUAAUUCAGAUUGAAUCUAUCCACUCGGAAACGAUUUGACCUAAUGAAGAUUAAUCUUCGCUUAAAUCCACCUCGAUCCGAAUGAAAAAUAGGAUUUAAUCAUCUGGUAUUUUAGUUUUCGGAUCCUGGAAUAAUGUUAAUGUUGCAACCGAUAUAAUGUUGUUACUUCGAAUUUCAAUUUCUGUUUCUGUUUCCUUUAAUUCAAUGUUCGAACCAGUUUUUUGAAUCUUUAUAAUUUAAGUUAAUUUGGAAGUAUUAAGUUUCAUUUUAUUAGUGCUAUUCCUAUCGAUGAGUUAUUUGAGUCACAAAGCAAAACAAAACAAAUCGAUUGUCGGCUAAUUAUAAAGUGGUUUGAAAAUUGAAUUUGGUGACGAUAUCGCGUUAAGCGCGAGUUUUCUCGCGAUUCGACUCGAAUUAGAUCAAAGCGAUGAUUACCGAUGUAUGUUAAAAGGUGGAUUUACACAAGUUAUGCCCGGUACUAUAUUUAAACCUUGUAGCGAAUUAGAACAAAUUUACAUUGUGGUUUUGUUCGAUCUCGGCCGAAGAAAGCUUAUAGUUGAUUUCUAAAUUUAAACCGCGCCGCCGGUGCAAAGACAAUAAUAUUAUAGCCGGGGCACGCAAAAAUAGUGCGUUGUUUUCCGUCCAGGGAGGAUGCUGCCCUAACCACCACCACCUCGAUGUGACUGGACGAUGACAUCUGGGACGUCCUCGCCGACGCCCACCGACUCACCAUCCCUCUCGCAGCGUCCCUUGCUAACCGCCGCGGCGCCUGCCACCGUCAAAAAAACCGUCGAGUUCGAUGUUAUGCCUACCAGAAAUGGUUCUGAAGAUAUAACCAAUAAAACCGACAACAGAGACCCAGAGAGGUGCGGCGGAUUAAAAAAGCAGAGUUGCGUUUUGACUGUUCGUCAAAAACACGGUCGACUGACGCAGCCCCGAAUGAGUCUGCUUGGGAAGCCACUGAAUUACAGAGCGUCGCGACGGGAUGCCCGAUAUCGACGACUGCAGAGCCGCGUUUACAACUUCCUGGAGCGUCCCCGAGGGACCGAGGCCAUUUUCUACCACAUGGUGGUGUUUUGGAUGGUAUUCAUGUGCCUGACGCUGAGCGUUUUCUCCACCAUCGAAGGUUUCGAAGACAUCGCCGGCCAAAUACUCUUCUACAUGGAGACGGUUGUCGUUAUUUGGUUUACCAUCGAAUUCAGCUUCAGGCUUUGGUCAUCCGGGUGUAGGUCCAGAUAUCAAGGCUAUGUUGGUAGACUGAAAUUUCUCAGAAGGCCUUUUUGUAUUAUAGAUGUGAUAACAAUAGUAGCUUCCGUCGUGGUGAUAACAAUGGAGGGGAAGUUAUUAGCAGCGAGCGCUUUACGCGGUUUAAGAUUCUUCCAGAUUUUGAGGAUGGUUCGAAUGGAUCGAAGAGGCGGUACAUGGAAACUCUUGGGUUCUGUUGUUUAUGCCCAUCGACAAGAACUGAUAACGACCCUUUACAUCGGGUUCUUGGGCCUGAUUUUUGCAUCGUUCUUGGUUUUUUUAGCCGAGAAAGAUGUUAAUAAAAAGUUUUCCAACUUUGCCCAAGCUUUAUGGUGGGGAGUAAUAACGCUUUGCACCGUCGGUUAUGGUGAUAUGGUUCCAGAAACGUGGCAAGGGAAAAUUAUUGCUUCGUUUUGUGCUCUACUAGGAAUUUCAUUUUUUGCACUGCCAGCUGGUAUUUUAGGAUCAGGAUUUGCGUUAAAGGUACAACAACAACAAAGACAAAAGCAUAUGAUAAGGCGAAGGCAGCCAGCUGCUAUGUUAAUACAAUCUUUAUGGAGGUGUUAUGCUGCUGAUGAACAUUCGUUAUCUGUGGCGACGUGGAAAAUUCAUCAGGUUCCUUUGCCGAGUCCGCCCACGAGGGUUUCAAGUAGUUUCAAGCACAACGCUUCCUUCGUGAGCCGUUUACCCACGAUCCGAAGGCACAAGAGUACAUCCUUACAUUCCCCUUCCAUGCACAAAGGGUCUCCAAGGGCCGCAUGCAGGACGUUCGCGGAUGUGAACGCGUCGUCGGAAAACUUGGGUUCCAGUACCGGAAACGGGAAUCGUAACCUCAACGCAAGCCACAGCGAGGAUUCUGUUGCAGAAACGGCAACGUUGUGUAAAAGGAACUCCGACGAUGAAGAUGAAGAACCGCGCUUUGUUCAAUUGACAAACCAACAUAAAGGCGCUAUCAGGGCUAUUAGAAAGAUAAAGUAUUUUGUAGCAAGGCGUAAGUUUAAGGAAGCUUUGAAACCUUAUGACGUGAAAGAUGUCAUUGAACAGUAUUCGGCCGGACAUGUAGAUUUGCUUGGCAGAGUGAAAAUCGUGCAAGCUAGGUUAGAUCAAAUACUUGGUAAACAAGGGUCCAAAGCCAAAGAUGUGUACGCUUCCAAAAUUAGUUUAGCAUCCCGCGUUGUCAAAGUCGAGCGACAGGUUGACGACAUCGAAAUGAAACUCGACCAACUCAUGGAGCUCUAUAUGGAAGACCGAAAACGUCUUCUUGGUUUACCCGGCGUUCCCGUAUCGCCGGAUCCAUCGGAACGACCACCGGGAAACCCUCCCAAUUUAGCACUUAAACCGAAACCUAUUCUAGUUGAUAAGCUAACAUCAGAACCCAGUUCACCUAUCACGAAAAAUUUUAAGGAACCACCUACGGUGUCGGUUACAAGGAGACCUAUGCAUCGGGGAUAUUCAGAUUUAGGAAAUAGGAUUAAGAAAAAAGUUACUUUAAGUUCGCCAUACGAUGGUGAAGUGGUGAUAGUGGUACCAUCUUUAGACAUACAGGCGGAACAGGGUCAGGAUCGCCAGCAGUACCAGUACUCGUCCGUCCAUGGCCACGGGAUUGGUUUGGGAGGUCCUGAAACCCAAGUAACAACAACGAUGGCUGAAAUGUCGGAUCGAGAACCUGCCAGCCCUAAAACAACCACCGAAAGUUCGGAGGCCGCAGAGGAGGACCCACAAUCCGAAGAGGACAAAGAGGAACAAGACUGCUCCGAAACGGCUCUGUUAAACACUCCCAGUCAGGUCGCUAUUACACCAUUAGCAAUUCAUCGGGUGCCCGACGCAGCGGAAGAAGAACCACCGACGUAACCAAUACUCACAAUCACAUACGAAGCACUAGGUCUCAUGUUCGAAGUAGUUUUUUAAAUUAAAACUAAUUUAGUAGUGUUUUUAAAUUAAAAAAUUAAAGUAAAUGAAACGGAUAAACGGAAAACUAGGGCACAAGACCAACGCUUAACUUAGAAGAUGACGUUGCCGAAAUGGGAGGCCCGUCGUUUAUAUUCAAGUUAUAUAUUAAUAUACACUUACACUGACGCUUAAUAAUAAUAAUAAUAAUAAUAAUUCGUCGCAGAUUUAUUGUAAUACAAAUGCUUGGGAACAGCGCAUUAAUCGAUAUACGCUUGCAAAAAACCUUCAAAUUUUAAAUCCCGACCAAGUGGGCGCCACUAAAUUUAAUCUGACCAAUUCACAGCUACACUGUGUUAAUUAAUUAUCGCACCCGAUGUCAUCAUUGCAAAUAUGCAACCAAAUACGCAUACCAAUACUGUGAUAUUGGUUGCAUACAUGACAACGUCGGGUACGAUAAUUAAUUAACACACUGUAUUCAAAAAUUAUUUUCAAAAUUUAUUUUCAAAAUUUAUCAAAACAACGAAAUUGAAAAGAAAAAAGAAUAUGGUUAGCGGCGCCCCCUGAUUAAAAAUGAUGUCAAGGCGACUCAUUUAGAUGCUUUAAAAUUGCCCUUGGUUUACAAAUGCUGUGAUCAACGAUGUUUUUUCGAAUUGUUUAAUGUAAUUAAAAAAAAAUGAUAAGCGUGGUUUUAGGAUCUAGGGAUUUGAAAUAUGUAUAAUCACCCAAAGUGCUCUAUAUAUAUAUCUUAAGCCGUGCGUCGUCGACGUUCCCCGAAAAAGUGUCUCUCGUUAAAUUCCAAUCGGACACGCAUUUUUUUAUGACCCCUAAGAAAAAGUAAGGGUAAUUUCGAGGUCGAGUAGAUCUUCCGGUUUUAUUCAUGUACGUUUUUAAAUAGAAGUCGUGGGCACUCGAACGGUUUUAACCCGGUUUCGUUCGCGUAGAUUUCGACAAUAAAGGAGAGCGCCGACGACGAGGCGACGCGUACACAUCUGGACCAAAUCAAAAGAGACAAAGAAAAAAGUAACCCGUACCCUUGCUCGGAGGAUGAAUGCGUUUUGCGUGUUUUAAGGUUGAAUUUUAAAGAAGCGUGUUUUCGCUCUGUCGCUUUAAUUCAACGAACCGAUACCACCGGGAGUGUCAAAUAUUUUCGUUUUUUUUUUUCAUUAUUUUUUGAUAUUCCCAAUUUAAUCAGAUCAAGCAGAUCUCCACAAAGUUAAUUAAAUUAAAAUAAAGA